AGACAUGAUCCGUGUUUUCCUGCUACACUUUGGUACCGGUGCUCAUGUCACGCGGACCGGAUAAGUUGUCUGACGUUCGGAGUCUAACCAAGCCAGGAGAUCUCUGAACUGGAUGGUGGUGUCCCAGUGUCGUAGUGGUUGUUCAUUCGUUGUCGCUCUCUGCCUCACUCUUGUGAACCAGUCGCGGGUUGCCGGUUGCCUCGUUCCAACCAGUGGCACACAACUACGGUACUGGUAUUCCCCCCCUCCCGCAGAGUCUCCCACCACCACCUGUCCUCUCUCCUCUUCCUUCCCGCGUUCCCAUUUCAACUCCUCCCACCAAUCCAUACCGCUGUCUCGGUACCCUUCCGUUCCUUCUUUCUUUUGUCUAUUCGUUCUGUUUUUCCCUUACCCAUACACCUACCAAUCGCGGUAACAUAAAACCGUUACCCGCACCAGCCUCUCCCAGUGAGGAACAAGAGCUACAUUCGGGAAAGGAGGAAUCUCUACGGCCCGUCACACUGUACUUGUACGCUACGGCGCCGUAACCUGUUAUAUUAUUGAGAGAGGGGGAGAGAGAGGAGGGAGGGAGAGGAGAAAGAGGAGCUGGUCGGGAAGAGAAUCAAGUGCACGGUACAUACCAAACGGCUACAGAAUUUGGGUCAAGUUUUCUCCUCAGAUACCCACAUCAAACGCGGUUAUCCGUCGAAAACAUCUUGCGCCCUCGCGGUUGGUGCGAUUGGGGUUUAUUUGGCGGUCAGAAUUCCACCGGUGCUGGAUGAAUACCGCACAUACAGUGGUUUCACUUCCUCUGCCCCCGAAGCGACUGUUGUUUUAACUUGACGCCCUCCCUCACGCUUCUUCCAUUCCCUUGCCGCAACCACCAUCACCAGCGCUGUUAUAACUGUCGUGGUCAUCCCCCUUUCCCACACUCUCUCACCAAAGAAAUAAGAUGGGUGUAUGUUCGUCCUGUCUCGGCAUUCGCCGGAAAGACGACGUAGUUAUCCCUUCUCCCCAUUCAAUCAUUCAUCAUUAAUAACAAACCUGCCUUAGUCCGAACAUCAACGUCUUCUCACCGCCUCAAACGAUCACCAUCAUAGUCAUUCCUAUACCAAUGGGAAUUUCGCUAAUUCCCCACAUCACCACUCCAUCCCGGACCCUCAAGCGCUCCUCCACGAACGCGAAUACCUAGAUCGUCUCGUAGCGCAGACGUCAGAAAAUCUUAUAGACAUAUUCGCCCCUCCAAUGCUCACACACAGCAAUUCUACCGCUACACCGAAUAGUCGCGGCGAGUGGUAUCGCAGUGUGCUCAGUAAAACUAGUCCCCCUAACAAUGGACCCGAAAUGCCCGUCGUUUUGGACCCUAGUGUUGUCGGCGGCUCCGAGAGAGAAUGGUUGGAGAGUGUCCUGAAAGGCGGGGAAGAGGCGGUGAGGGAAGUUGGCAAGGUAAAGGGUGUCGGAAAAUUGGUGGUUGGGUUGGAUUACGAGGGGUGAUGGCUGCUUUUGCGAUAUGGAAUGGUUUUAACGUCCAGGUUGAGCAAGGGAAUGGGGGAGGUAACUGGUAAUUUUUUUUUUUUCCUUUCUGUCAAUCUCACAAAAACUUAUUUAGUUUUGGUCACUAACCGUUGGCAUUACUACCACUACUAACUACACUACACCACUGACAUAUCUGCUUUACCCUCCAUAUUUUUCCUUUCCUUCCGCUUUCUCUUUUCUCGUUUCUUUCAUGUUUUAUCUAUUAGGGGGUUUCCAUUCAUCUUCCUAUCUUCAGUCCAACUUCUCCGUACUGGCAAACACUGCUGUAACGAAUUUCCUUUUUUUUUUAUCUUUUUUUUUUAUUAGCAUUAGCUGUGGGGGCGUAUUUUUCCUUCUAUU